GGAACUCGAAUAUCAUUUCGACAUGACAGCAAUCCUUCGUUAUCCAAAUCCAAAAGUUUGAACGCCGCCGUACCGUGUUGUACUUCCCCAAACGAACAUGUUGAUGACGUGCGUCUGAUAUUUGUACAGAAAAGUAUCAUGCGAAGUCUGUGCUUCAGACAUCCUCCUGGCGCUUUUUUAUUUGUUAAAUAUCAGGCUUGCUUUUGCCGUCGUCAUGCCUUGCGCUUUAAAACACUCCUCCGAUGUGAAGUUGCUGCUAUGUACGGCCGCCCAUGCAGAGACCACGUUCACGCUGAUUCUCCUCUACGAUACGACAUACCCUGUGAUAGGUGUUAUUGCUAAGCCUCGCCAUAUAAUAUUAUCCGAACUGAUGUAUAGGGUAUCGUCUCGCUAUACGUUCCCUUCGUUAGAUCGACGUUUUCCCUACCUGGCAAGCUCUUCCACCUUCAAGGACCACCUCCACCAACCCUGGGCUCCAUUAUGGCCAUCACUACCUCAACCUAAUAGGCUGUCCUUC